CCCCCUACCGUUCAUAAUGGCCAAGUCUACUGUAAAACAAUUUCCUAUUCAUAGGGGAGAAGAAUUAUGAAAUAUCUGUCAUGAAAGUUUAAAAAAAAACUUUAAUGAAUGGUAGAACAUAGUUUUUCAGUAUUUAGAGUGUAGUGACUAUUUGUCCGUUCUAUGUUACUUCUAUGGAAUAUUGCAUCGCUAUCUGUAGAAUGCUCUGAUGUUACUGCCUUCUUCUGGAGCGGCACUACCCGUGCUGUGAUGGCGAGGAAACCCCGUUGACAAGGCACUGCUUUUUCAUGACGCAAAUAAAAGGUGGUGGUUAAUGAAUGAUUCCAUGCUCGCUGUCAGAAAGCUGUGUCAUGGAUGAUGAGGACGAUCGCCGUCUUCUGGAUAUUAUAGGGGAUGUGCAGGCGUUGAAUGACUACCUCCACGGCUCCACCAACAAGUCUAUUGAGGAGGAUGACGUGACGAACGCAGCUUACGGCUCUGCCGGAACCUUCUUCACCAGUAACACUGCUGGCUCUAACUCCGGCCUCAAAGAUGAAGAGUUUGAGGAUUCAGCAGGGGUGGGCCUCCAGCUUUCCAGUAGCCUAUCGUUCAUUGAGGAUGAGCUGGGGGGAGAAGCUUCUCCAGGAGGAAUGGAUCUUGGCGGAGGAGAGGACCAGCCCUUUGACAUCCUGCAGAAGUCUCUCAUGGAGGCAGACAUCACUGAACAGACUCUGGAACAGGAGGCCAUGCUAGACUCACAACCACCUCCACCUCCUCUCCCCUCGGCCCCCUCCCCAUUCCCCCCCCAGCUGGUCUCGGGGGGGUACGGCAGCGGGGUCACCACAUCGACUGCAGCUUUUCCCAGUGGUCAGUUCCUCCAGGGCGUGUCCCAGCUGCCUAAUGGCCAGGCAGGGGGGCACAUCCAGGUGUUGGGGUCCUUUGGCGGGGGAGGGGUCCAGCAGAUCCUCCUCCGGCAGGGUGGUGGGGUAGGAGGGGCGGUGGGGGGAGUAGCUGCAGGGGGGCAGGUGUUUGCCACUCCCUCCCCAGUGGGCCAGGUGAACCAGGUAGGCUUGCCCUUUAAGAACAUCCCCCUGCAGAAUAUCAUCAUCCAGAGAGGACCUGGGGGCGCCCAGGCCCUGGUCAGACCUAUCCAGCCCAAACCCCUUCAAGCUGGGGCUCAGACAGUCUAUAGCCUGGGACUCCAGACCACAACCACCACCAUGGUUAACACCGCGGCCCAGGGACACUACACAGCUAACGGCUCCAUCCUGGUCCACUCUCCCUUGGGGCAGCAGAACCAGGGACAGCAAGGCCAGGCCAACCUGCCCCCAGGGCAGUACCUGGUCCACCACAAUGGCCCCUCAGACCCAUCCCAAUCAACCCUGCUAGCCAAUCAGAACACAGUACAGCUCGUCGCCGGGCAGAACUUCACGGCGACGGCGGGAGGUCAGCUGAUCCAGGUGGGAGGCAGCCAGGUGGGAGUAGGAGGAGCCAUGACCCAAACAUGGCAGAAUUUUCCUGGUACGAACCCUGCCCCAGUACAGGCGGCAUCAAACCAGGGGCGUCUGACGCUGGUUGGAACGGCGACUGGGGUUCGAGGGCAGGUGUCGGGCAGCCCAGUGCAGCGCCUCGUACUGUCUCAGACUCAGAACAGCAGCUCCCUCUCCCCCCUGUCCCUCUCUGGUACUGGUACUGCCUCACAGGAACAGGAGUACUCACAGGACAAGCAGGCUCAGACACAGCUCGUCAACCUCCUUGGAAACAAAGCUGUGAAAACAAUGACCUACAUCAGCCAAGAUGCCCCGCUAAACACGCAGGUCAGUGCUCAGAAGAGGCCGGCCCCUCAGCAGCUCACCAGAGGAGGAAUGAUGCUACAGCAGUUGAGGAUGGAUCAUUCGGGGGUUCUGUCACCUGACAUCGCCCGCUUUACCUCAUUGGAUGACGCACUGCACAGACUCCUCCCCUACCACGUGUUCCAUGGAGCUCCGCCCAACAGGGAAGAGUUUUCCCAAGUGGAUGAUGAGUUUGAGUCGACGGCGACUCAGGUGUUGAAGAGGACCCAGGUCAUGAUCAACAAAUACAGACGACUGCUGAUGGUGGAGGCUGAGCGCUCCAGUCCCUCCUCAGAGAUGGUGAUGAUUGACAGGACCUUCAACCAAGAGGAGCGCCAGAACCUGACACAAGACAAACGUAUGAUACUGGUGGACCCAGAUGGCUUCUUGGAAGAUUUCUGCUGUGGGGUGAAGACAUCUCCCCUCUCUCUACCCUGCCUCCCCUUGGACCCUCUCUCCACCCCCUCGUCCAGCCACGGCGGUAUACAGACGGGGAGGGGGGUGACCACAGACCCCCCUUACAGGACAGACCCCCAGUCAGGCUAUGGAGACCCGGGGGGAGGAGGGAGAGGAGGAAUAGACUCUUUUAAGAGUAUCAUGGACCAGAGGAGGACUCAACAUAGCAACUAUGGAAACAAAGCUGCCUCUAGCAACCACAGCAACUAUCACCAUGGCAAUGUGGCUGCUACUGCCACAGUCGCGAUGUCGACAGAGCCGGUACAGACUCAGUUCCUGUCUCACCUGUCCUCCUCUCACCCCCAGGCCCCCCUGCCCCUCCCUUCCACCCUGCCCGACACAGACUCGGUUCUAGAGGCAGCUGUGAACAGCAUUCUAGAAUGUUAGACAGACAGAUUUGACAGACGGACGUGCCACCAUUCCAUCUCUCUCAUCCCCCUCCAUCCUUUGCCCCGCCGGCUCAUUCUUGGGGCUACAUGUUUGUUAUUGUUUAUUUUCUUAUUUUCCUCUCCCAUUGUCAGUCCUUUUCAACCAGCUCUGAGUUAGUUACAGUCAUAGAAAUAUAAUCUAGAUUAUUUUUCUAUGGUUAAAGUACUAUGGUUACUGUAGGACAACCAGGGGUCAUGACCUGUGUUACAUCAUGUCCUGUCGGGUGUGAGCCGGAAGAAGAUAUCAACCCCCUGAACCCCAACUUUAGCCACGUGCAAUUAUGCUGAAGUUUAAGGAGGAAGAAUAUGAUGACGAUGAUGAUUCUGUGCCUGAGAAAUUCUAUGUUGUCCUUCAAAUGUUUACAUGAAGAAGCCUUGUAAGAAAUGUCCUUUAAUUUUUGCACCUGACAUUACACACCUUCACGCACUGAGUAUAACAAACAUUAGGAACACCCCCCUCCAUGAUAACAGCCUCAAUUCGUCGGGGAAUGACUAUAAGGUGUCGAAAGCGUUCCACAGGGAUGCUGGCCCAUGUUGACUCUAAUGCUUCCCACAGUUGU